AUGCUGCGGACUCUGUUCUUUGGGCUCUUCUUAGCCCUGCUAAGGACCGGCAAUCAGAAGCUGACCAUCUGCUGCUUGUUGUUUUCCGUACGUGCAGUCUUCGCGGCGAAUGAAGUCGUCCAGGACCCGGACACGGGGCUCGUCUUUACCUCCAACUACCAACUGUACAAGAUCAACCAGGGGAUCACCUUCCGCGUUGCCAUCCCCGGUGACGCCCAGAUCAACACCGCGUUCGACGCCGUCAUCCAGUUGGUGGUGCCCAGCGACGUCGGUUGGGUCGGCCUCUCCUGGGGCGGCUCCAUGCCCAACAACCCGCUCGUCGUCGCCUGGCAAAAUGCGGGCUCUGUCGUUCUGUCUCCUCGCUGGGCUACCGGCCACGUCAUGCCCACCGAGUCCACGAACGCGGGGACGUACAGGCUCUUCCAGACGGGCACCAAGUCCAACGGCACGCACUGGCAGUUCACCGCCCUCUGCCAGGGCUGCACCUCGUGGACGACCAGCUCCGGCGGCUCCCGCUACCUCACUCCCACCGGCGGCAACCGCCUCGCCUUCGCCUACUCGCCCGGCAGGCCCUCCAGCCCGGGCACCUCGUCGUCCUCCAUCCCCAUCCACGACGUGCACGGGUACUGGAACCACGACUUCGCGGCCGCGCGCAACCCCAACUUCCACGAGUUGGUCCAGCGCCUCGUCUGA